AUGGCUUCACCAACAAUCCGCCGGCUUGCCGACUAUGUCGCCGUUUCUGAGCCCAUCCUCAAGCUCCCUCACCCCUACCAGACCUCGUACCUCGUCGUAAAGGGCGAAUCCGGCGUCGCCAACUCGUACCAGCUCAAGCAACAAGACAGCAAGGUCGCUCUGCCCCGUCCCCUCCACAACGACUCCCUCUACUUCACCGAGCCCCAAGACCUCAAGUCCUCGGACAAGCCUCACAUCUCCAUCAACACGCCCUGGGGCCGCGCCCGCCGCUCCCCCUCCGUGGCCGUCUCGUGGAAGGAAUCUGCCGCCGCUCCCACCGUCGGCCAGCUCUGGCUGAUCGCCUACGUCAUCUUCACCCUCCGGCCGUCCGAAGAGGCCUUCCGCCUCGUCACCUACGGCUUCGGCGCCGACAAGCUCGCCCGCCAGCUCAAGGCCGUCGGCCUAGCCAUCGACCACCCUUCCCCCGCCACCCCAGAGCAGCAAAAGCUGCACGGCUCCGAUGCCGGCAAGGAGCUCCUCCUCCUGCGCGGUGCCUUCUGGCAGGGCGCCGGCUCUCCCUUUGGCGCGCGCCCUGCCUGGGCCCCCGAGACGGUCGCCGACAGCGAGGACGGCACGCUCGAGUCCGUCUACCCGCUGCAGGCGACCGAGUACGUCAUGACCAACGAGCCCAACAGCGCCUUGUGCUGGCACCCGCGGCGCCGGGCCAAGCCCGCGCCCGGCUCCGUCAUCUACAGCCGGUACAUCCCGCACCUGAAGGAGAACUUCUCCAUGGUGGCGCUGGACUACACCAACCCGGCCCAUCUGGACCUGUUCCACACGUGGCAGAACGACCCGCGCGUGUCGCAGGGGUGGAACGAGGAAGGCACGCUGGAGCAGCACCGCGAGUACCUGCGCAAGGCCCACGAGGACCCCCACCAGAUUACCGUGUUGGCCGCUUUUGACAAUGUUUUCUUUGCUUACUUUGAGAUAUACUGGGCCAAGGAGGAUCGCCUAGGAGCCUACUACACCCCGGGAGACUAUGACCGCGGCCGCCACUCGCUGGUCGGCGACGUGCGCUUCCGCGGCCCCCACCGCGUUUCCGCCUGGUGGUCGUCCCUCAUGCACUACCUGUACCUGGACGACCCGCGCACCAUGAGCGUCGUCGGCGAGCCCAAGUACACCAACAGCUCCGUGCUCAUGUACGACAUGAUGCACGGCUUCGGCCUCGACAAGUUUGUCGACCUCCCCCACAAGCGCUCCGCCUUUGUCACCUGCUCGCGCGAGCGCUUCUUCCAGCUGUGCCCGCUUGACGAGAACCAAAAGUUCCUCGGCGGUACCCAUGUUGGCCUUGUUCCCAAGCUUUGA